ACAGCAUGAAUAUCCUCCAUAUAAUAGCUAUUGUGUUGUCUUUUCAAUAAUGACGAACGAUGUAUUGAAUCUUGCUCACGUUAGUUGAGGUUUCGAGGUGUUAGUUGCAUCUUAAACCUUCUACGCGCUGGGCAUGGUUGAGUUGAUGGCUUUCAAUGUAUUUUAAAAAGUUAAUUUUAUUUAGGUAUGGAGUACAAUUUUGAAAUUGUAGAAAGUUAUGAUUAUGGUCAGUCUUCUCCAUAUGACCCUGGGAGCGUGAUGCAUUACGGACCGUAUGCAUUCGCUAAGGAUAAAACAAAGACAACAAUCGAUUCACUAUUUGGCGCCACCAUUGGCCAAAGUCUCCAACUGAGUGAUGCUGAUGUUGAACUGGCUAAGUCGUUGUAUGAUUGUGGCACUGGAAGUAAGUUUCAGCAAAGUCAUAAUUUACCUGUAAUUAUUUGUGAGACCAAUUAUUUGGCGGGUUUAAUUUCCUCAAUACUAUAAACGCUAUAGAUUUAAACAACCAGCUAGUAUAAUAUCAGUCAUGUUUUCGCUCGUUACUUUUUUAAAUGUGAAUGCAAAACCCAAUCGAUGCAAUUCGACUGGGCUUUGCAUUCAUUUAAAAAACCAGAGUAGCGAGCGAAAAUAUAAACCCUAUGUUACAAGGCAAUAACAUUGCAUUAAUUGCACAUUUGUAAGCAAGAUUGCAUCGUAUAACAUCCCUAGUCUGCAACUGAUGUACAUCAUUCUGUUUAAUUAAUAUCAUAUAAUAUUGAAUUCUGAUCGUUUAAUUGGUAGUUUAUGGUCACGUGAUAUUGAAUAGAAAAUUCCAUUUCCCAAGAAUGCAAUGGAAUACGUUCCAUUGCACUCUUGCGAGUGCAAUUGUACUAUACGUUUUAUUCCAUUGUACUCUUUGUGUUUUCGAUAAAUCGCAUCCGUCAAAAUGCUUCUCGUACGGUGAUCGCAGUUUAUUUUAACCCGAUAUUCGAAACUCAGUAAAUGCCGGGAUUUAAUGCAAAUACGACUCGUCAAAAUGGCGGGAGCUUACAGUAAACCUUUUAAUAUUAGUCUAUUUUGGUAUUAUACAGGGUGUAUAAAAAAAAACGCAACCUCGGAAUUUCCCAAGAAAUCGACAUUGUUUUGAAGACAAAUGAUUUUAGGCGCCUGGGAAUUAACAAAUAUAAAACAUUUUCCGUGUUGAUAUACAGUUAUAUCAACACGAGUGGAAAUUGGGAAAACUCGAAAUUGUGUGGAAACACGACGCCCGAAGAGUGUUUUCACACAAUUUCGAGUUUUCCCAACUUCCACGAGUGUUGAUAUAACUAUAUAUCAAUACGGAAAAAAUGUUUUAUAUUUGUUUUAUAAUAUAGCAAUGUCAAAAGCCCGAAGAAUAAGAACAAUUUCCGUGUUUACAAGCGGCGGAGAAUUUCCCGUGUUGACAUGGAGUUAUAUCAACACGGCUCUUAGCCAAUCAGCGUUCAGAAUUUACAAAUGCUAUAUUAUAAUUUAAAAUAGCACAACUGUCAAAAUUACUGCACACGCGAGUGUGCAAAAUUUAUGAAAAGCAAAAUUUAUGCAUUUAUUUAAUGCACAACAACACUAAUAUGAUCUAUUAGCAAUUCAAUUUCAAUUCCCAGGCGCCUAAAAUCUUUUAUGCUUAAGAAUUGCAAAGUGAUUUCUUAGGAAAUUCCGAGGUUGCGUUUUUUUUAUAUACACCCUAUAUAAAACAAAUAACUCGGCUGUCGCUUCGUUGAAUGGAACAUUCCAUCUUUCACCUCAUGAAAAUAUUCUUACCAUUGCACUCAUAAACAUUCAUUAUUUGUAUAAUGUAAUACGAUAUGUAAAAACGCUUUGUGGGGAACGGCCAGUGCAUGCAUGGAACGGCAGGUUCGAUCUCAAUCCUAUGCAAGAUCACAAAUUCACUCGGUGCAAUAUUCUAUCAACAUGUUCCAUUGCAUCAAUUAACAGUAAAAUCGUUGUAAAUUUUAUAUAUACAUCAAUGUUAAUUAUAUUACCUUGACAAUUAAACAACUAAAUUUGCACACUAAAUUAAAUUUGUCUUUUCAAAUAUUCUACAAACGUACAAUAGUCAAGAAUAAAAUAAGUUUGAAGAAUUGGAAAUUGUCCUAUAUUUUUGUUGCUGACUGUGCAGUAUCUAGAGUCAGAUGACGCCUUUCAUGACGACCUGCACAAAUCUUAGAGUUAUAAAGCAUACUACAAAGCGCUGUAAUUCUCCAAUGAUUUUAUAGGUUGCUUCGAUUUGAACACUGGAUGUAAACAUUGGGCUAAUAAUGGUGGCUGUAAUGAGUAUCGUCAAUGGAUGUUGGAACAUUGCCAAAAGUCUUGCUGUUCUGCAGAGGAUACACACCAAAGCUGUUCAUAUUGGGCAAGUAUUGGAGAGUGUGAAAAAAACCCUGGAUGGAUGUUGGAAAAUUGCAAACGGUCUUGCCAUAUUUGCGAAUGUUCAAAUACAGUAAGUUACUUUUGAAUAACGAAUCCAUGCACUAUAUAUUAAUACUAUAUAGACUUUAAUUCAUGAUUGAGUCGGUUUUCUUUGAUGUGCCGAAAAGAUAAAGGAAAACUCAGAAAAUCGUCGUUCAAAGCAGACGAAACAGACAAAACUUUGUUUGAAAACCUCCUCAACCAUGAAGUAUAUGAGAUCAGGAAUUCUCCCCCUGAAAAUAUUCAAAAUGGCGGACGUUCAGUUGGGUGAAUGCCUCUCAUGCAGAAGCGCACUGGUUAUAGGAACAUGGCGAAUGCAUUUUGGUGAUGAAUCAUGGCGUGACGGCGGUCACGCUUUUUUGGCUGUUUCCAUGCUUUCCCAGACUUCCGAGAAAAAUUAAAAAUCGCAACUGAAGAACUCGAAACAAAUAAAAAUGAGAGGAAAUUAGAAAUCUCAAUCUGAAUAGUUAACAGUCAUGCAUGGUAUCAAAGACGCUUGAUACGCUUAUAAUUAUGAUAUAUUUAUUUAUUUAUUUUGUUCAUUACAAUCAUUUUUGACUUUACUCAUUGUAUAGGGAUAUUGAUAUAUUGAGCAAACGAAUAAAAGAAUGGACAAUUUAUUCCUGAGAUUAUAGUAGUUUCACUAGAAUACUAGAUAUACUAGAUGUACCGGGUGUAGUUAAUAUAACAAACAAUUAAAUGGUGC